GGACUCACUUACAUGCAAUGCAAUAAACGAAGCUUUUCGCAUCCCGUUUUGUUCUCUAUCCUUUUCUACCUCCCUCCCAGCAGUACUCGACUUAACUAUAGUCAGCCUGAAACCAGCACUAUCUUUAGUCGCUCAAUUCAAACAUCGAGACGAAAUCUUUCAUCGACAUGAGAACGUCACCAAACAUCAUUGUCACUGGUACGCCAGGCGUGGGCAAGACGACACACUGCGAAGAGCUCGCCAGGCGUACAGGCCUCAAGCACCUCUCGGUUAACCAAGUUGUCAAAGAUCGGGAGUGCCAUGAGGGCUGGGACGACGAGUUUCAGAGUUGGAUUGUUGACGAGGACAAGUUGCUCGAUGCCAUUGAGGGAGACGUUCAGGAUGGGGGCUACAUUAUUGACUGGCACGCCUGCGACUUGUUCCCCAAAAGUUGGAUUGACCUCGUUGUUGUGCUGCGUGUGGAUUCGACCACACUCUAUGAUCGUCUAGCAGCAAGGAAAUAUCCCGAGACCAAACUCCAGGAAAAUCUAGACUCGGAAAUCAUGGAGGUCUUGCUGCAAGAGGCCAGGGAGGCCUUCGAUGAGGAGAUAGUUGUGGAGCUUACAAGCAACACAUCCGAUGAAAUGGAGACCAACAUUUCCAGGGUUGAGGCAUGGCUCGAGCAAUGGAAGAAGGAUCACUCGUCAUGACGAGGUGGAUGAGGACGAUGGAGUGACGACGCAUCAGGGAAAAUGAAUGCGAGCUCGGUCUCGUUGGGAAAUUAAGUCCGUCGCGGGGAGGUGCCAGGGUAAAGAGGUCUUCUUUAUCGCACCGCUUGUGAAAGUGCUGACGAUGCUACAUGGGAGAAGGAGCUACAUAGAUAUGUUCGUAUCCAAAAGACCUUUAGGCGUUGUCUCUAGGCAGGGUUUCGUUCCUACGCAAGGG